AUGAGAAAUACUGUACAUGAUAAGUGGUUCUCCUCUUACUUGGAAGGUGAAACUCAAACGACGCAAAUUGAUUCCUUUAUAUCUAGAAGAAAAAAAUACUACUUGCUGUGUGCCGCAAGGCUCCGUCCUAGGCCCAUUACUCUUCCUAAUCUACGUCAACGACACUCAAGAAUCCUCUGACAAAUUUAAUUUUUUUUAUUUGCUGACGAAACGAAUGCCGUAUAUGCUGACAAAAAUCUCAAGUCCCUUGAGUCGACUGUAAAUCAAGAACUCUGCACGUUGUUCGAUUGGUUAACGGCAAAUAAACUAACCUUCAAUAUUAAAAAAAACAAAUUUUGUCAUUUUUUAGACCAGCUCAGAGAAAACUUCCUAUCACCCUAAAAUAAUGAUAUUCGAUAAUAGGGAACUUAACAACCACGACGACGGCCGGAAGUGAGUUACAGAGUACUGCGCAAGCGCGACCAGUAAAUUUCGUUGUCGUGGUGUCGUCGACGACGCCAAACAAAGUAGAAUCACGUCGUCCUGCAAUACACAAGCUUCGGCAGAUAUAAAUCCACUGUUUUAAGCGAUUUUUGAAUUCCUUAUCAUUUUCUUAUCCUCAUAAAUCCAGGCAUCGUUCCUUUUUUCUCCUAACAAGCGAUGUUGUUUGAAAUUCGACUAAUGACAACAUUUCUUCUUGUGGAAGAAUGACAACAGCUGUGGAGGCGGAGCGAGCGAACUAGUAAGUGAUACAUUUAUUUGUCCGUAUUUAGGUAAGGCAAAUCAUUUAUCUUUAACAUAGAAGAAAUAAACUCUGUAUGGAAAACAGCUAUCACAUCAGAAUGUCUCUUUUUCCAAAUCUAAACUCUGACAGACACUCGGACUCAGUCAUCUCAUUCAGGUUGAAAGUUGAAUAAUCUUGGUACGGAAAGCAGGUGUUUUUCCACUCGAAAAGGUCAGGCAACACAGAAAAAUUUUUAAUCGUCAAUGAAAUUAGACGUACGGCUAAAAAAUAAGAUCUUGCAUCGUUUUAAAAGACGCCAUUGCGAAAAACUUCGUUGCGAACGAACAUCACAGUUUUACAUUUGUGUUAACAUUCAGCGUCGUCGUCAUCGACCUACCCACCGACUGUAUCUUAAGUUUCCUUCUCCUGCCGAAAACGACGUUCUCGUUCCAGUCUUUCCCAGUUAACAGACGUCGUCGUCGUGGUUCUUAAGUUCCCUAAUGAUCAAAAUAAAUGUGGAAUAUUCUGGUUGACGGAUUAUAAUGAAAUUCUUCAACAGGCACAAGUCACAUCUUUUGUUGGCGCUGUUGUAUGGUCUGGCCCUGGCUAAAAUGUUCCAUGAAAUGGUGUGAUCGAUGUUGUUGUCCUUCAAGGUCCAAAUGUGUUUGCUGAGUUCAGUAGAUUUUCUAGAGUAUGUAUGCAUGUACGUAUGUAUGUAUGUAUGUAUGGUAUUAUUCCAACAAUCAUACCUGGUUGAGGAAUAAGCAAAUUAGUAACAAAGAAAGAUGUGUCUACCAAAGAGUUUGCUGCAGCCGGAUAACUAGAUAUUUACCAUUUGAGAAUAGAAGAUACCUAGGCAAAUCUCGACCUUAUUAGAAAGAUGACUCAGCCGAUGCUUCAACACCCCGUGAAGGGCAUUACCCUGGCCAGUCAACGAUCAGUUUUCUUCCAGUGAUAGACUUGGAACCCACUGAUAUGACGUGGGUAUAUUCCACACUUUCAUUCAUGUGGACACGCAAGGCAUUCCAGCGUGACACCAAUAUUGCAACAUUUGAUGAGCCCCUUUAGUGGAAGGCAAUGAUCAUCAUCACAAAUGAACAUUCUAGUUAAUGUGAAUAACAUAUGACGAAUACCAGGAGCACGUGGCCCGUGGUUUCAUUGCUAUAUCCGAACGACAUUUCAGUUUCUUUCAACACUGAUGGAGUUGCAGUUUUCCGCAGCUCUAAGAAGGGGGAAUUGUGGCAACUGUACUUUGUUAUCAACGAGCUAUCCACCAGAAUAAGGUAAACAAAUAAAAUGAUAUUAUUUCAAGACAAGAUGACCGUGACGGCUGGCUCAAUUUAGUGAAUGGUGGAUUUAACCCUUGGAUUUAGCGCUUUGCCAAAGCCUUACCCAACCACUUUUCAACUACUUUCAAUUGAAUUUAAAAUAUGUAUUUAUUGUUCAUUAUACUUAAAUAACACACAAAUCUAAUGAAAAAUUCUUUGUGUAUGUGUCUCGUAGGAUGUCCCCCAAAAAUAUGUCGACGUGUGGGUUAUGGUACGCACCUAGUAAACCAAAUAUGCAGGUGUAGCUGAAAAAACUUGUGGACGAAAUAAACAAUAUUUAUGAACGCGGUUACUAUUGUUAUAUCUAGGGUAAUGCACUUAUUUCCUCUCACUUGAAGCGCCAUGGAAACUCUAGCUUAGCCGGACGGAAUUGUUCCAGGAAGUGUCAUGCUCAAUUUUCCAAGCCGUUAAACCGUAUGGUGUUUUUCUAGUGGGUGUAGAGAUGAAGAUAAAGGAAGGUGUGGUCUGAAAUGCUUAAUAUCAUCAACGUGCACAUCAGAGCUGGGAUAUCACUCUCUGCUAUUGAUUAAGCGAAUAUGAGUUGUUUUCAGCCGUUUAUUUAUUUGUUAUUGUUCAUUCAAGGAUUCAACUUCACUACAAGUAGUGGUACACAGGUUUGCAGCGCAAUGCUCAUGCUUUCGCCAGACGAUCUACCAGUGCAGGCAAAGGUUUGCCAAGACAGCAUUUCACCCAGUUGGUAAGGACGAGAAGGGCAGCCGAGAAAUGACCUCUGGCCACCACCUGAGGGAAUGGCUGAGCCUAUAUCAGAUGACAGGGAUCUCUUGGUGAAGAUGCAACACAAGAUGCAAUACUGGAGGGCCAUUUGCUUUUAGACAACUGAGUUGCACUGCACAGAUGUUUUUGAUUACUGCUUGAGAAAUCCUGGUCAUCUCAAGCAAGGAUUGCAGCCAAGAGAACGUGUAUGUCGCAUAGAGUUUUGAAACAAGUUCCACCCAGGGAAAAAACUGCACCAUGUUCCAGAAAUUGUGGAAGAUCAUAAUGGAGCUCUCCUCCUCUAGAUGCCACGUGACCAUUCACCUGUGGUUCAGCACUUUCGAUAACAAAAUAAUACAAUCUUGGAAGGCAACUAGCGAUGUGAACUUAAUUAUUUACAAUUCCCCUCUGGACAAUCCUAGCACAGAUGAUAUUAUAGCCAUAGAUGAUUGUGUGUGUGGAUAUGCUUGCAAGGAUAGCGAACCCACUGCUGCAACUGCUUAUCUCUUUAAGAACAUGGUGAAUGCUGUUGAUGCAGCUGAUGCAGACAAGGUGACAGGCAAGUCAAUGUCUGCUAAGAUGCUGAUAGUACUGACAGUAGGAUUAUGCUUGUUACACUGACCAAGCUGGUUUGACAUCCAAGAAGUGAAGGGGGAUGCUGAAUCUUGGAUUGACCGGUUUGUGGACUUUCUUUCUACUGAUGAGUGUAAUCAUUGUUUUACAGUCUGAAAACAAUAGCUACACUUGCAAAUUACAUUUGUAAAAAUUUUAUAAAACUGACCCUGAAACCAGACUCCAAACUAGAAUAAAGUGAGGUGACCCUGGCAUCAAUCGUCUGGACAAAAUCGCCAAACAACACGACACAGACUAGGACAAAGCUAUGACCUUACACGAUAAAUGGAUAGCAGAUAAAAAAGCAGGGGAAAAAAAAGGACUGAACACAUUGUAGAAACCAUCACGAAAGUCAAAAUUCAUGUGUAAGAUUUAAAGGAGGUUUGGUUGGGGCUGUGCUGCUAAAACUCUUCGAUUCUGACUCUGUUUAAGGCAAAAUGCAUUAAAAUUGCAAUCCUGGUUAGAACGCUAAAUAGCGAGACUGAAUACUUUUUUUAAGAUCGAAGAUCCCAUAAACCUAUUCUUGACUUGCCCGUGACGUCAUAGCAUAUUCCAUAUUUGGGGGCCACCAUGUUGGUGUACAGGUACUUACAGAAAACAUGGAGUCGGACUUCAAAGAAACGAAUGAAAAGGACGGCAGUUCUCAAUCUACGUCUCAAGAUCUCAUCCAACACUCACAAAACAUCGAGCAAUCUUUCCCAGCACUAUCAGAGUUUUAUAAAAGUUAAGAACCUCACGUAAAACGGCGACAUUUAGAGAAAAUAUCAGUGGUUGGGCUCGAUCCUGAAACACUUCUAGACGCAAAGCUUGACCCGGAAUGUUUGCCGCCAAUUGAGGCUAUGGACCUAUUCAGUUAUCUUGUUAUGGACACCAGCUUUUAUACCAAAGAGCAGUUUAAGGCCUCUAAAAACCUAGAAUCGUUUAAUUUUUUGGUAUCCGGUUUUAUUACAAAUGCUCAAGAAGUCAAAAUAUCGGACAAAUAUGUCGUGACUGGAAAGCUUCGACAUAAUCAGAGAAUGAACAAUCCUUUGCCGCCCAUCUCAGUGAUUUCUUCAAAUGAAGGAAACGUUUUGUCGGCUCAUUGUAUGGGCCGCAAAUCUGGCCUGGCUGAACCUUGUUUCCAUGUUGCAGGUGCAUUAUUUUACACUGAGGCCUGGCCAAGGCCAAUUUCCACACAAAUGAAGUCCUACUGGAUUAUCCCUUCAUACGUGAAGGAAGUGUCUUAUGCCCCCAUCAGUGAAAUAAAUUUUAAAUCUGCUCGUAGGCUCAAGCAAGAUCUCGAUCAUGCUAUUAACUCCAACCCAAGCACUGCAUCGAACACUUGUACGCCACCUAGGGCAAUAACUCAUAACAAUGAUAGCAAAGUCCCUGGGAUUUCUCCAACCGAUGAAGAAAUGGAAAUUUUGAGUUUCAUGCACUCUCACGCAGAUCAGUUUAUCUUCAAAAGCAGGAAUAUUCCUACAGUUCCUGAUCUCUUCUCCUCAGAUAACCUUGAGCUUUUCUAUCCUGACCCGUUUAAUGAGGGCAAUGAAGUGGAACUAAAAAUAACACCUGACAGGAAACAAGGGAGCAAUGUAGAGCAGCAAGUUGGGCUGGGCGAGUUAGGGCAUCUGUGAGUGAUGCAGUGGCUCAUUUAAAUCCUUUACAACCUUCUCAGUCAUUGAUUAAGUCAAUUUGCUACCCUAGCCUUUUCAGUGCGACGACUAAAGCAACUGCCAAUGGUAUUAAGUAUGAAAGCGAAGCAGUUAGAGCUUAUGCUGAAGAAAUGAAGGUCAAAAAUAUCAACUUCAAGGUCACAACUAAAAGGUAUUGUUGCAGUUAUUGUUGACUUUAAUCUUGACAGACUGAAACGCUACCAACACAAAGGCAAAUUAUUCAGCGAUCUGGAGGCAGAACAUGGACUCGAAUGUUUGAUCACCAAACCAACAAGAAUUGCCAGAAAGGUACAAUAACAAGUAGUACCUUAACUGAUGUGCUGAUCGACCUGAUCUCUUCGAGAAGUGUGGUGUCUACAAUGUGGCUCUAACCAAUCAUAUGUUAGUAAACGGUUUGAUGAAGGAGAAAGUUAAUCGCAAUUCCAAAAAGGUAAUCACCUUCAGGAGUUACAAGAACUGUGAUUUGGAUAAGUUUUUUUGUCACCAAGUUAACGUUUGAUUGACACACUUGCAUCAUGAAAGCAAUGCAUAAGUGUCAAAGUAAACAAGUUCGAUUUACCAUAGUAAACUUUAUCUACUUUUUUUAAAACUAUAGUUAAGGCUUUUCACAACACUAAACUCUCAAGAGAAGGUUUUUUAAGGAGGCCUUGGAAGAAAUUAUUGAAAACCCCAACGUGA